GUGUUAGCAGACUAAACUACCUCUGAGUGAGCUGCUAUAGUAGCACAGAAAGGCCUUAUUAGUGUGUUGGCUUUGACUUCAAAUAUAUUUGUCCUCCUGCAACCACCAUGGACUCAAGUGACUUGGGGCGAGGAGGAUGGAAGUCCAGGCCUGUUCAGCCCCAGAAAAACAAAAUGAACAUGAAUAUUCUCCGUCAAGAGAGGCUGAUAGCUCAGAAGAAGAAGGAGAUAGAGGAAAAGAUGGCUGAGCAAGCAAAGAUGAAUGUGCGAACCACAAACAAACCUCUGCCUCCAAGUAUUUCUCAAAGUAUUGCCAGUUUUCAAGGAGCCUCUUCAAACAAGUUUGUAAAUGACGGAAGCUUCUUGCAGCAGUUCAUGAAGAUGCAGAAGGUUAAAUCUGAAAAUGGUUCAACCACUGAUACCAAAUCUUCUGCAGCCUUAGCUCCAUCACCAGGAGGGAACCCACAGCAAAAAAAAAGUAUUCUUGUUGGCAAGAGGCCUGGCCUCGGAGUCAGUAGCAUGCUUAGUCAGUACAAAAGCUACUCACAGUCAAAGAAGAAUCCUGUUCUCAGCCAGAGGCCGAGUGUGUUUUCUUCUCCAGAAGAUGAAGAUGAAGAGGAAGAUGCAGAUUACAUCAGAUUCUUGGAAAUGAAAGUCUCUCCCCCAGAGGACACAGACACCAAACUUAUCAUCGACAAGAUGGCCUCUUUUGUGGCGGAGGGAGGACCAGAGCUGGAGAGAAAGGCCAGGGAGGACUACAAGGACAAUCCUGUUUUCUCAUUUUUAUACGAUAAGAGCAGCUUGGAGUAUCUUUACUUCAAAAACAGAGUUGCAGUCUUGAGGAAGGAUUUGCCAAGACCGGAGAGUACAUCGGAUAAUGUCUCCCCCUCAGUGGACGCGGAAACCCUGCGGAUGGCCGAGAAGCUGGCUAGGUUUGUGUCAGAGGGUGGUCCCGAGGUGGAAGCCAUCGCUGCUGAGCAGAACCGAGACAACCCUGCCUGCAGCUUUUUAUAUGACCACCAAAGCCCAGUCCACCGCUACUACAAAGAAAAAGUACAGGAGUACCGUGGUGAAGCCUCAGAGUCCUCCUCGCCUCCAGCAGCAGAGUUUAGGACACAACCUGCCUCUUUUCCCAAGAAUCAAGAGACAGAAACUCCACCUGUCAAACGGAAAAGAAAGAGUAGAUGGGGGGCCGAGGAUGAUAAGGUGGAGCUACCAAUUCCUCCUAUCAUUGUCCCUCCGGAGGUUCCAGACCCUAAUGCACCCGCUCUCUCUGCCAACGAUCUUCAAAGUCUGGGAUAUAAAAAAGGGAAGCCUCUUGGACUGGUGGGUGUGACAGAAUUAUCUGAAGACCAAAAGAAACAAAUCAAGGAGCAGCAGGAGAUGCAAGAGAUGUAUGAUAUUAUCAUAAAACACAAGCGAGCGAUGGCAGAGAUGCAGUUGAUGUGGGAAAAGGCUAUAAGGGAUCACCAACAUGAAUACGACAGCGAUGAAGAGGUGGACCAGCAGGCGGGCACCUGGGAGCAUCGUCUCCGUAAAAUGGAAAUGGAGAAGACACGAGAGUGGGCUGAAUCCCUGACAGAAAUGGGGAAAGGGAAACACUUUAUUGGAGAUUUUCUUCCUCCAGAGGAGCUGGAAAAGUUCAUGGAGACCUUUAAAGCACUCAAGGAGGGCCGGGACCCGGACUACUCAGAGUACAAAGAGUUUAAGUUGACAGUGGAAAAUCUCGGUUUCCGAAUGCUCACGAAGAUGGGCUGGAAGGAAGGCGAAGGUCUGGGCAGUGAAGGACAGGGCAUCACGACUCCUGUCAACAAGGGAACCACUGCAGUAGAUGGAGCUGGAUUUGGAGUCGACCGUCCUGCUAUGCUCACAAAAAGUGACGAUGAAUAUGAUGCGUACAGAAAAAGGAUGAUGCUUGCGUACCGCUUCAGGCCAAACCCCCUGAAUAACCCACGAAGACCAUAUUACUGAUGUGGAGGAUUGUUUUGGUUUAUACAAUUUUUUUAUCAUAACUUAAAAGCUACUUCUGCACCGGCCACAGCUCUGCUCUGUUGUCAAAUAGACACUGCUGCACAAAAUACGUUUUAAAAUGUGAAUAAAAAAGUGUGGUGUGGAGAUAACUUGAAAGACUGUUAGAUUCUCCGUUACAUUUGAUGUUAAAUUUGGUUUGAAACAAGUCUAAAAAGCUUCCCUAAAUAUUUGAUCACCUUUUUUUGCAUUUCACUUUUUUAAAUGGAAUAACUGUGACUACUUAUAAAAUGUACACUUCAAAUUGCCUGACUCCCAAAAAUGAUCUCACUCUUUUGUUUGUUUCAUCUUCAGUCCCUUUAGAGCCUCUUCACCUUGCAUUUUCAAAUAAUAAACACAAUUCUGUUUUGUAACAUAAUCUUGUUUAUAACUUUCAUUGUAUAAUUUCCAGGGUGCAAUACAGUUUUCUUCUUUUCACUAUAUGCUGCAGUGUUCACAAUAAAAAUGUAUCCUACAGAAA